UGAUUCAUGAUGUGAUUGAAGAAGUAGAAGGAAGCAAGAUUUGUUUAAUUUUGCAAUAUUUGAAUUCGUUGCGAUUUCAAAAUGUUUAACGUCACUGAAAUCCUACAAAUUUCCCUCCUUUUUCCAAGCUUUCUUCAAAACCCGGGUAUCUAGGGUUUCGAACCUGCACACAGCUUCCAUUCCACUCCAUUUUAUACAUUCCUUAUACCGCUUCUCCAAACACUCAUCUCUCUAUCACUACUUCCAUUUGAUUCUGUUAAUUGAAGAUGAACGAAACCCGAUCGCAGCUCCUCGUAGUUCCAAACCAGCUAGACCCUUAUGGCUUGAUGCUUUCGGAGUCAAUCCAACGUUUCUUUGAUGAAUAUCGAAAAGGAGUUACCGAUUUCUCCAACUUCAUUCCCAUUUUCUCUCGUUUGCUGAGAAAUUUGCCCGACCCACCUGUGGCUGUUGUGUGGUUUUACUCUGCUCUGACGUUUCACACCGCUAAAUCCACGGCCCGAGAUUCUUCCGAAACACUUCUGGCUGUUAAGGAUUUAUUCCAACUCCUUGUUUCUUGCACAGCAUCUUCCUGUUCGUCGAAAAGAAUCGCGGUGCUGGCCCCGGUUAUUUACUGUCUCUUCGAUUUGAUCGUUGAGAAGAAAACAUCGAAGGAGGAGGCUGAGAAUUUGAUCGACGGCGUUGUAAGUUAUAUCAGCAUUUGUUGUGGCCAAGAAUCCGAGGAGGACGGUAGUUUCUUGGGGUUUGGUCCUUAUUUUCUGGAUUUGGCACGAGUUUGGAUGGUGGACAAACCUGGAGAAGAUUUGAAGGGUUUUCUCCCGCUUGUUAGCCAUGAAAUUUGUCAAGGCAUCAGUACCAACGGUGGGGUGGGCUACUUCGCUGGGAUCGUUAUGUUUGAAGCUUUUCUGUUGAGGCUGUGCUUGAAAUUUGCCUCUCGCAUGUCCAUGGUAGAGCUGCAAAAUGAACUCCACGGCCGGGCGGUCCAAAUGAUUGCUGGGUUUCGUAGCUGCCACUUCUAUGAUAUUUUUUUCAGGAUGCUGCUGCACUCAGUUUUGCCAACUACCCAUUUGUUGGGCUCUGCAGAUGAAGUUCUUCUACGAGAAGUAUUAUACGAUGCUGCAAUAAUACCAGAGUACCCGUUCCUUAAACUUCAAUUUGGAACCGAACGACCUGCCGCCGAUUUACGAGCUAUUUGUUUGAAUUGGUUAUUUGUUGCUGAUAAUGGUAUUCGAUCCUUUAGAGAGUCUGGUAAUCUGAGCAAGGCUAUGUCCUACAUUAAUGCCUUCCGCAAUUCUUGUUGGCCUUCUCAGUUGAUCAAUUGGAUCAGAAACCAAUCAGGCUUCAGCGAGAGGAUGAGCCAACCAAACAUCUCCACACCCACGGCUCUUAUUGAAUGGCUUCUGGUAUUGGAAGAUCAAGGGGUGAGAGUGUUCGACCAUUUGAACUCCAAGUUCAGAGCCAGAGAUAUCAUAUCCAAGUCAGGAGCUGAGUUCUUACAACCAGAUGGCAAGAACAACCCAGAUGUUAGUUUCCCCAAUAGCGUCACAAAUGCGAUGGAUGAGGAUCCCUCCGUUGGCGACUUCGACAUGGUUGAUUCGGUGGCUACAGCAGCAGCACAGGGAACAUCCAUCACCUUGACUGCAAACGGCAUUGAAAAUGGAAGAAAAAGGAAAGAUUGCAUGAAUGACAAAGGGGACAUGAGGAUUAAGUUCCUUAGGCAGCAUCUCCAUGACAGUCCACUCAGAGAAAAAUCUUUGCCAUUGGUUUGAUUUAGGAAUCCAUCACUUUCAGAUGCUAAUAUGAAGUUAUAUAUAUAUAUAUAUGUAGACUGUCUGUAACACCUAUCUAUCAUACCUUGGAGGAAUUUGGUGCCUGCACUGCAGACCGCCUCUCGGCUUUAACGUUUCGUUUAUCAGGUCAUAUAUAUGGUCUUGAGAUUAGAAUCUGUGUAAACUAUGGACUAAUCAGAUGAUGUUCACGGCAAUGCAAGGCCAGUAGGUUUAAAUGAUGAAAAUACAUAUGAUCUGAUCUCCAAAA